GUGAGAUUUAAAAUCUGGUAUUACUUGGCUGGGCUGUAGUAAGAAGUAGAUACGUCCCUUUCUUGGCAUGCCAAGAAUACGUGUGUUUGUAAGCAGAGCGUUGUUUCUUCAGUUGGUCUGCAUCUUAGAUGAGGUAAACAUUACGUGAGCACAACGUGCUGAUUUACGUUCGCGUAAAGUCACAAAAUCCGAGAGAUUACUCAUUACGGGAAAGCGCAGAAGAAUAGAAAUGGAGAGUAGUGACUGAUGUCCAUGUAUAACAUGAAUGACAGGCAGCAGUAAGUUAAGUUGGCACAAAGACGAAUCAAAACUUCUGGCAGAAAAACUUCAGAAAAUCUCACAACUCGUGUUACUGUACUCAAGAGAGAAAGAGUGUGCGUCCAAACUAGUGCCAGUUAGUGCAAGUAAAGGAGAAUGGAAACAUAUAACCCGUUCAAAACUUUGUGAUAACCCAAAGAUCAGUGAAAAAAUGGUGACAGUGGGCUAUUACCGUGACUGUUAGAGUAUUGUGAAAAUUCAGAACAAAUUCAGAGUCUACUUCCAGAAAUUCAUAUUAAAAGUUUGUAAAGUUUAUGAUUUCGAAAUCCAUGGUCCGCAUUUCUCACUGUGACAUUUGUGAUGGGUUAUAACAAAAAAAGUGAUUCUUCAUUCAUAAUUCGGUCAUACCAAUCUUCGGAUUGAUGAACACGGCAAAAGUUUCCAAAAGUGCCUAACAAAACAAUCCAAGUGUUGAAAAAAUAAUAGGCAAAUUGCCCAAAUCUUUACUUUUUGUUCCCGUUUUUUGUAUUCAACUGCUCCCACACGCACGGUGGUGGGUCGACACUUAUCUAUGUGGUGUUACUACUUCAUUUGAAGCCAGUCAAAGUUAUAGUGCUUUUAAUGGUCGUCAUUAUCACCAGUCACAUCUAUUCGACGUUAUCUAAUGACUAUCAACUCACUUUCUCGUUGGCAACAGAACGAUGUGUUUUAUAAUCUAUCGAGACAUUAAAAGAGAAACAGAGAGUUGUUGAUUUGUGUGUGGAAAAGAAAAAGCCGAAAGCAGGCCAUUAUUGUCUCCUCAUCUUCUCUCCGAAAAUCUCUGCACUAAUAAUCCAGUAAAUUUUGCUUUUCUGCCCAACGAAUCUGCGUAAUAUAUACAGAUUGCAUUUACUUCUAUUAUACAGAUAUUCUUAUUGGGGAAUGGUGUAUGUUCAUGAAAAUAUCUUCCAUAAGCACAUUAAGUGUCAGAUGUGUGUGAAUAUUGUAACAAUAAGUGCAUCGACUCUUACCGAAUAAGGAAUGAUGAAAAUGACUUGGAAUUUUGAAUGCACUGGAUCUCUCAACAAACUUUUUUUCUCUCUCAUUAUCUUUUCUGGAUUGCAGACAACAGGUUUCUCCGUGGCUCGAGAGUCUCAUCUUUCCCGUGGUGGUGGAAUAGGCCUGACCACUAGGAGUCCUUACAUCGAACCAUUCCAGUACAAUAACACAACCGUGUUUGUCGGACAAAGUGCGUACAUUACCUGCAUUGUGCACAAUCUUGGCGACAAAACGGUGUCCUGGAUGAGGAAAAGAGAUUUGCAUAUCCUUUCGUCUGGGAAUCAAAUUUACACCAACGACAAACGAUUCUCUCUCCUUCGCGAAGGGAAAUCGAGAAACUCUUAUACAAUCAAAAUAUCGUCAAGCAGUAAGAAAGACGAAGGGACGUACGAAUGUCAAAUUAACACGGAUCCCAAAAUGACGGCAACGGUGCACCUCAUCGUUCUUGGUUCUUCUGAGGACCCGGACAGCGCAGCCUUGGCGUUAGGAAUGCUGGACUCGCCAUAUCAUCAAAAAGACGACCAUCAUUCUAAAGGGUACGAGGCAAAAAUCUUGGGACCGUCUUUAAUGGAAUUGGAUCAAGGCUCACAGCUCGCAAAUUUCACCUGUAUAAUUUCACACGGACGCUCGCCCUCUCCGCCAAAUAUUUCGUGGUUUUUCAACGAGAUUCCCAUUCAGAAAGCAAAAGGGAGAUUCAGUGUGGAUACCGAAAAGUCGUCAUAUCAAACCGUCUCAAUACUGGUGAUCCUCAAACCUCAAAGUGGCAAAUAUUCCUGUGGCGGUGCAACCGUCUACCCGGAUUCUGUAGUCUUGAAAGUCCGACCACGUCAUUCUCAUUCCGAGAACUCAGGGUUGAAGGAAGACGAGUUCAGUUCGUCCCAUGCGACCAAAUCACCAACGUGGUUUCCUGUGCUAUUUAGCUUUAUUGUAAUAUUUGCAAUUGCAGACGCAGAUUCAUGAGCUCCAUAUAAAUGGAAAAUUAUAAGGUUGUACGAGGAAAUAUUUUGAGCAUUCCAAUUGAUUUUAUACAUUCUCGUAUUUUUGUUUCAUGGUCAUAAUCUUACUUUAUUUCCUCUAAACGACAAUACAAAAUUAAGUUUAACAGAGCUUAUCCGGAAUUAAAUGUGGAACAGAAUAAAUAAUAAUAAAUGUACACUAUUUUACCACAUAUUUUGAUAUUACUUUGAUGUCCUGCCACAAUUUGGGUCAAUAGGAUGAAAAUGACAUAAUCGUUUAAGACAUUCCAAACAGUAAACAAUGCAAAUAAAAAUCUAUAAUUAAUCGAUAACGGAAGAAUUUGUACAAGAAUUAAUCAAGUAUUACAUCUAAUUUACUCCAGUUUUAUACGCUAAGUUUAAUUGUAUGCUUAUGAACUUAUCUAGUAUCGGACCUUCACCUUAACUAAGUCAAUUUGUAUUGUACAUAUGUAAUGGCGUAAAGGAUAUUUAGCUCAGGUAUAGGUAUAUGUAGUUCUAUCAGCUAUCUAUAAUUCUCAUCAUUGUUAAUUUAUACAUAAUUUCUCUGUAUUUGUUAUGACGUGUGUUUCGAUCAAUGAAUAACAGAUAAAUAUCAAAACACU